UCUUUCUUACCCUCACCUCCUUUUCUCCCCUUCUCCUCGUUCUCUCCUGGAGUUGUUGUGGUUGCUGCCCCUUAGCUCCUGCUCUCCCGUCUCCCCCUCGCCCUCCCUGGGGUGUGAGGCAACUUUGCCCCCCGCUUCUCCUCCUCCGGUUUCCCCUUAUAUGUGACCAUGGCAGUGCCGGCGGCUUUGAUCCCUCCGACCCAGCUGGUUCCCCCUCAACCCCCGAUCUCCACGUCUGCUUCCUCCUCCGGCACCACCACCUCCACCUCCUCGGCAACCUCGUCUCCGGCUCCGUCCAUCGGGCCCCCGGCGUCCUCAGGGCCAACUCUGUUCCGGCCGGAGUCCAUCGCUUCGGCGGCGGCGGCGGCGGCGGCGGCGGCGGCCACAGGCACCUCCACCGGCGGCGGCGGCGGCAGCGGAGGCGGCGGCGGCAGCGCUGGCAACGGAGGCGGCGGAGGCGGCGGCGGCGGCGGCGGCGGCAACUGCAACCCCAGCCUGGCGGCCGGGAGCGGCGGCGGCGGCGGGAGCGGCGGCGGCGGCAUUAGCGCUGGCGGCGGCGGCGGCGCCUCCAGCACCCCCAUCCACGCGAGCUCCGGCAGCGGCAGCAGCGGCAGCAGCAGUAGCAGCAGCAGCAGUAGCAGCAGCAGCAGCAGCAGUAGCAGCAGCAGCAGCUGCGGCCCCCUCCCCGGGAAACCCGUGUACUCGACCCCGUCCCCAGUGGAAAACACCCCCCAGAAUAAUGAGUGCAAAAUGGUGGAUCUGAGGGGGGCCAAAGUGGCUUCCUUCACGGUGGAGGGCUGCGAGCUGAUCUGCCUGCCCCAGGCUUUCGACCUGUUCCUGAAGCACUUGGUGGGGGGCUUGCACACGGUCUACACCAAGCUGAAGCGGCUGGAGAUCACGCCCGUGGUGUGCAAUGUGGAACAGGUUCGCAUCCUGAGGGGACUGGGCGCCAUCCAGCCCGGAGUGAACCGCUGCAAACUCAUCUCCAGGAAGGACUUCGAGACCCUCUACAAUGACUGCACCAACGCAAGUUCUAGACCUGGAAGGCCUCCUAAGAGGACUCAGAGUGUCACCUCCCCAGAGAACUCUCAUAUCAUGCCACAUUCUGUCCCUGGCCUCAUGUCUCCUGGGAUAAUCCCACCUACAGGUCUGACAGCAGCAGCUGCAGCAGCUGCCGCUGCUACCAAUGCAGCUAUUGCCGAAGCAAUGAAGGUGAAAAAAAUCAAAUUAGAAGCUAUGAGCAACUAUCAUGCCAGUAAUAACCAACAUGGAGCAGAUUCUGAAAAUGGGGACAUGAAUUCAAGUGUUGGCAGCAGUGAUGGUUCUUGGGAUAAGGAAACACUGUUCUCUUCCCCACCCCAGGGAUCGCAGGCCUCUGUUCCCCACCCCUGCCUGCCUGGAGUGCGUAGCCUUCCAGUUAGUCAUCCUCUCCACCAGCUUCAGCAGAGCCACCUCCUGCCAAAUGGACUGGAACUUCCUUUUAUGAUGAUGCCCCACCCUCUAAUUCCCGUCAGCCUACCUCCAGCAUCUGUCACCAUGGCAAUGAGCCAGAUGAACCAUCUCAGCACCAUUGCAAAUAUGGCGGCAGCAGCACAAGUUCAGAGUCCCCCAUCCAGAGUUGAGACAUCUGUCAUUAAGGAGCGAGUCCCCGACAGCCCCUCGCCUGCCCCCUCUCUGGAGGAGGGCCGCAGGCCUGGCAGCCACCCGUCAUCACAUCGCAGCAGCAGUGUGUCCAGCUCCCCGGCGCGGACUGAGAGCUCUUCUGACAGAAUCCCUGUUCAUCAGAAUGGGUUGUCCAUGAACCAGAUGCUGAUGGGUUUAUCGCCAAACGUACUCCCUGGGCCCAAAGAGGGAGAUUUGGCUGGUCAUGACAUGGGGCAUGAGUCGAAAAGAAUGCAUAUUGAAAAAGAUGAGACCCCGCUUUCCACACCAACCGCAAGAGACAGCCUUGACAAACUUUCUCUCACUGGGCAUGGACAACCACUACCUCCGGGUUUUCCGUCUCCUUUUCUGUUUCCUGAUGGCUUGUCUUCCAUAGAGACCCUUCUGACUAACAUACAGGGGCUCUUGAAAGUUGCCAUAGAUAAUGCCAGAGCUCAAGAAAAACAGGUCCAACUGGAAAAAACCGAGCUGAAGAUGGAUUUUUUAAGGGAGCGGGAACUAAGGGAAACCCUCGAGAAACAGUUGGCUAUGGAACAGAAAAAUAGAGCCAUAGUUCAAAAGAGGCUAAAGAAGGAGAAGAAGGCAAAGAGAAAAUUGCAGGAAGCACUUGAAUUUGAGACAAAGCGGCGUGAGCAAGCAGAACAAACACUAAAACAGGCAGCUUCAACAGAUAGUCUCAGGGUCUUAAAUGACUCUCUGACCCCAGAGAUAGAAGCUGACCGCACCGGCGGCAGAACAGAUGCUGAAAGGACAAUACAAGAUGGACGACUGUAUUUGAAAACUACUGUCAUGUACUGAAUCUUUCCUGUUGA